AUGGCCUAUACCGAUGAUGCUGUCAAGGCAAAGCUCUCUGCGCUCAACGAGACGCAGGAGGGCAUUGUGACUGUUGCGCAAUGGGUCAUGUUUCACAGACGACAUGCCGAGCGAACCGCGCAACUUUGGUUGCAGAAACUCCGUGAUUCCCCUGCCCCGAAACGAUUGAAUUUGGUCUAUCUUGCCAACGAGGUUGCGCAACAAUCGAGAGCACGACGGAAAGAUGAUUUUCUUAUUGCCUUUUCUCCGGUCAUCGCGGAGGCUGUGGCCACCGCAUACAAAGGUGCUUCGAACGACAUCCAACAAAAGCUUCGGAGGGUGGUAGAGGUGUGGAGGCAAAGAUCAAUCUUUGAACUGCCUAUUCAGGAGGCUGUAGAGUCACGAGUGGACGAAAUCGAUAAGACUCGCUCCACUGGCAAAAAGCCGCUUCUGGGAGGCUCCCUGUUCUCUGGGCCGUCCGGCUCAUCCACCCCUUCGGAGCUUCAGCCUCUUGUUCCUUUGCAAGUGGCUCUGUCUAAAAACAAUGUGGCUUCCGGUGCCUCUGCUACAACCGCAAACGCGGAAUAUGAAAAGCUGAAUGAUCCUAACACACCCCUCCCGACGCCUCCGGUGCACGCUGCUCGUCUUAGCCAGUUGCUGAAGGCACUUGCGAACGCUGAGAGCUCGGUAUCCGAGGUCAUCAAGUCGCGAACUGCUCUGAUUGACGGCCUCGAGAAACUCCUGGAGACCAACCGUUCGGCCCUGUCGAAGGAGCAAUCCUUGGCCGUUCAGCUUUCCGAGAGAAAGUCGGAAACGGAAGCAAAGAAGAGAGAAGUAGAGGACGGAAUCAUGAGAGGACUAUCUGCUGAGAAUUCGCCCGCUGCUAACCUCGGCGACUCUGGGCUUGGAGGCGAGGCAGUGCCUCGACCGGAGGUUGAAGCUCUGACUCCCCCGCCUGUGGAGGCUAUUACUCCUGUCGGGUCUCCCAAGGAACAGCAGGAGGCUAGUCUUCCAGGUACAUCUCUUGAUCCGCAGGGACCAGCAGGAUUCACCCUAGGGGGCUUCACAUUGCCCCCGACAGGGUCUUCUUUGCCUGGCACCGACCCGUCUUCAGCUUAUAGCGACCCCCAGGACCCCAACGGAUUCUACGCUAAGAAGCGAAAAGUUGUUCAUAGCGAGGAAGAUUACAGCAAAUUUGCAAGCGGCGAGCUUGAUGCCGAUGUUGCUGAGCUGUUGCAGCAGGAGGGUGGAGCGCAGCAGCAGUAG